GUCAGCGUGCGACGGAGGUAUCACGAAUAUUUUACUUAAAAUCACCACAAAAUACAAUGGAUCGACAUCAUCCCCUCCACUCGAGCUUCCAUGAGUCCAUGAGGAGCAGGGACUCCACCUCCACACUAGGCAGUGAUCCAAGAGAGAAGAUAAAGGAUUGCUUUAGAAAAUUCAUAGCUUUCAUGUUUACACAAGUGGGUGUUGGUGCUCUAGUUGUUUGCUAUGCAAUAUUGGGUGCUGCCGGCUUCAUGCACAUCGAGAAGGACAACCCUGACGAACAGCUGCAAGACGUGAAGCAAUGGAGACGAAAUUGUGCCGAGAAACUAUGGAAUAUAACAAUUUCAGAAAACAUUUUCAACCAAACUAUUUGGGAGAAUAGCGUCAAUAAAGUUUUGAAAGUGUUUCAAAAUAACAUCACUGCAGCUGUUCACACUGGUUAUAACGGAAGAUCCGCUGAAGAUAUUUGGUCUUUUCCGGCAGCUCUGAUGUAUUCCCUUUCAGUUUUCACCAUGAUUGGUUAUGGAAAUAUUAUACCAAAGACUGUAUGGGGCAAAAUAGUUACAAUUGCGUAUGCAUGCUUCGGCAUUCCAAUUUACGUGUUAUACUUCUGUAAUAUGGGCAAAGUGUUAGCCCAGACAUUCAAAUGGUGUUAUAUAACUGCUCACGAAUGCAGCAGACGGGAAGACAUUCCAGUAGAAGAUGGGGAGGUUGUACCGAAAAGGAAAAUUACAGUUCCAUCUACCGCUUGUCUAUGGGUGAUAUCUUUUUACAUUCUCACUGGUACGAUAAUGUUUGGAGCUUGGGAGAAAUGGAACUAUCUAGACUCUACGUAUUUCUGUGUGAUCAGUUUAUGCAAGAUUGGAUUUGGUGACUUUGUGCCCGGUGCAAACAUUGCUGAUUCAGCAGGAGGUUCACACUUGAAGUUGGUUAUAAACUUUAUUUACGUGUUAUUAGGGAUGGGUUUAGUAGCUAUGUGCUAUAAUCUGAUGUGUGAGGAUGUCCGAGUGAAAGUGCGGGAACUACGGCAGGAUCUGAAGAACUGCCUUGAUGAUAUAACUCUGAAGAUAACAAUAUGCAUGAACGACACCAAGUAUUAUCAUCAUAAACAAAAUAGAACCAUGAAAUGAUAAUUGGAUAAAAUCACGAGGAAAUGAUGAUGAUUUUUUUUAACACAGUUGUGGUAUAAAAAUCUGUGACUUAUACCAAAAUAUUUCUGUCUUUGUGUGGCAGAGUUGAACUGCUGUAAAGUUUAUUCACAGAAAAUCAAAAUAAUAACUAUAAAUACAAAGCUUCUUAGGGAACUUUUUGUUUCCAAGUUGUUCUUAAUAGAACAGAACCAAAUAGUUUUUAACUCUAUUUGAAAAGAAGGUAUCAGAACUGCCUGUUUAUAAGUAACAAAA